UGGUCCAUUAGAACCAAAACCUCACGCCAUAAGGCCAACUUUUUCCCCACUGCAGCUGCCUCAUCAAUAAGAAUGAACUCCGCGCCCCCUGCAGGAAGUGCUUUAUCAACUCCAGCCAGCGGAGUAGGCCCAACUACACCGAAAAAGGGCCCACCCAAAUUCAAACAGAGACAAACACGCACAUUUAAGAGCAAGGCGCCUAAACCUGGCCAGAAAGGGUUUGGUGAUGAUAUUCCAGGAAUGGAGGGCCUUGGCACAGAUUUCACAGUUGUGUGCCCCUGGGAGGCCUUUGGUGACAUGGAGCUCAGCGACCUUGCCAAAUAUGGCAUUAUUUAAACCCCGCCUCUCUUAUGUUCUCUCUGCCUUUGUCUCCACCCCUUUCUAAUAGACACCACACCCCCUUUCUGAUAAAAGAGACUGAUAUUGAUGUAUACAUCUGAACAUGUGAAUUUGUAUUAGAUUAUUAUUAUUAUUAUAUUUUUUACUCUUGGUUAUGAUAAAUCUAUCAUCCUUCCCACUCUGCCCCCCCCAUGUCACAGUAAUAAUGAAUGCAAUAGCAGUAAUGCUCUCCCCCAUGUGUGGAUGUGUAUAAUAUAAAUAACAUAGCGUACAAAUAUUCUGUUUCUGUUU